AACAAACGGUUCAGACUUAAAAAUAAAGCUCUGAUGUUGGGGCCUCGUUUCCUGUCCGUGGCCCAAGUGCAACAGCUCUCUCUGGUCUGGAACCACUUCUUUAACUCCUGAUUCAUUUGCAUAUUUACAGUAAUUGUGCAAACAUUAGUUUUUGUUUUUAUUUUCCUGUACUUGAUCUAAAGAAAAGUGAUUGUUGGACAUGGGUUGCAUGAUUGUUUAAGCUUUGGGUGUUGUACUUAACAACUCCAUCUGUGAAGUAGUGGCUUAUAUUAUUUUGGUAUACCUGCUUAUUUAGUAUACCCACCACCUGGAGACAUUGCCUCCUGCCCAAAAGCCACAGUCAUGUAGAGGAGACUGAAGUGUGACGCACCAACUGGACAUAUUUAGUAUUAAUAAGUAGUCCUUCCUUAUGCUGACAUGUUUGUCUGUUAUAUUUUCUGUUGAAAAGAAUAUUCCUGCUAAAUAAAAUGUAAAGCAUUGAUCUUAAAUACAAGAUUAAUGUAAGCAAACCAAGAAUCUUUGGAGACUUAUAGCAUUCUCUAGGACACAACGUUAAAAUUAAAAACUGUUUAACUUUUUUUCCACAAAUAAUGGUAAGCAGAUUUACUAAUUCAACAGAUAAUAUUUGCUGACACUGAGUGUUUCUGAUUCUUUUAUUUUUCAGUCUGGAUAAUGCUGGAAGGCGUAGUAAUAAACAGUCGGCAACAUGUUGGACUCCAGAAACUCUCAGCACUUUCAGGAAGGAUACGGUCCUCCGUUGGUCCGUUUAAAAGCUACAAGUUCAUCCAAGAUGAAUCAAGUGGGGACUCGGUUCUUGUGUGCUCAUGCUUUCGUAUCAUUGAGAACCUGGAGCCUAACUGCGCGGUGGGUCAGCUGGUUUAUGAGACUGUUCGAGGCCAUCAUAAGCAGUACCGCACAGGGUCUGGAUGCUUGCUGUUUCUUGCAGGAGCUUGGAGCCGUGCUGCAAUGGACAGCCUCCAGAGAGGCAUUUCAGUUAAGCACUUAAUCACAGCUAUGUCUGAGGGGAUUGACAUUUGCUUGGAUGUUUGCAAGAAAUUUUCACUUUCAUUCAAGGACCUUGCUGUAAUCGAGAAAUGCACUGCUGCACCUGGAGGCACAAAGAAAGCUUCUACAGAUGCAUCUGUAGAAGAGAUGGCAAACUUUCAUGACAAGUGUCUAAGCAAGAGUGGACAAAGAAAGGUUAAGCUCAGCAGACAUUUUUGUGAGGCCAAGUCUGAAAUGCUCUCCACAGUUCGGGAUCCUGAUCAGCCUGACAUGAUGGUCAUUGCUGAGUCUUUGAGCCAUGGUUGUGAAAAGGCUAUGAAAUUGGCAGUUGAAGCUGCUCAGAUGCUGUUAAAGACAAACCAACAACGUAUCAGAGAUCCCUUGUUUGACAUUUCAAAAAUGUUAACCUGUCUUGUUUCUGGUUUACCAGAGGACUGCGCAUGUGUUGUGGAAGGCUGCAUUCUUCUUUUAUCCGACGAGCAGGCUGCAGUUGCUCAUGUGGUAAAACAACAACCCCUGAAAGUUGCUCUUAUUACUGGAGAUCUGUCUCCGACCUACCGCCAUUUGGGCUUCAAAAGCCUACCAGGUGAACAAUGUGUGCGUGAGAACUUGGAUUUGUCAGCUUCAAGCAAAGAGGAUGAAUGGGUGGAUAAGGUUGUGAAACUACUCUUGAACCUGGAAGUGAAACUGAUACUAACUGCUGGCCUUGUCAGCCAGAAGGUCAUCCAGCACUGUGGUAGGCAUCAGAUUCUCGUGAUGGAAAAGGUCAACUCUUCUGUUUUGAAGACUAUUGGCAGCUCAACUGGAGCUAUUCCAGUACAUUAUGCCACACAGUUAACGGAGUCUUGUGUUGGUGAUGGUGUUAAUGUUGAGAUCUGGAGGGACCUCAGCAGCUAUGAGAGGAAAUCUUUAACAGCUGUGAACAUUUCCACUGGCAGGAAUAGUGGGCUGGUCACAGUGGUUGUAACAAGUUGCGUACAUGGCAAGCUGCAAGCCCUGGAGGACCAGUUCUGGGCCUGUGCAUACCGUUUACACCAGGCACUGAAAGACGGAGCCCUGCUGCCUGGUGCUGGAGGAGCCGAGGUGCUUUGUGUUCAUCAGCUACAAAAGCAAGCAGAACACGACCGGGCGAAAGACAGCAAAACUGGGUCAGCAGCUAACCUCUACAGAGGUCUCGUGCUACAACUCAUGGCAGAUGGUUUAAUAGAUUACAUAACGGCCGUAAUGGUUAACACCGGAAGCUUCACAGCAGCCAAUGCUAGGACUAUUGUCAGAAAGCAACUGACGGAAUUUCACAGAGAUGAAAUAAGCACAGGGAAGUUUUUGCAACUUGUUUCGCAGAGCAAAAGAGAGGAUGCAGGUUUCUCAGCAGUAAAACCAGAUGAAGCACCGGCUUUGAACAUCUAUGAUAACUUGAGUGUGAAGCAGGAAGCGUGGAGGAAAGCUUUAGACCUAGUUUUUCUAGUUCUACAGACUGAUGCAGAAAUCAUCACAGGAACUGGCCAAAACAAUGAGGGGAAUCUGAUGCUACUUUGAUUGUUCCAAUAAUUUAUUUAUUUUUUGGUUUUCUAACUUUUGCAAUUUGCCAUAAAAUAAUUUUUUGUUAAAGUCAUGUUAUAUGAGUUCUCUUGUCCUCAGUGACAUAGAUAAUAGAGAGUGUUCUAUCUAUUCUCUACCACUAGGGAGAGACAUAAUCUUCGAAAAUAAACCUUUUCAAAACAUUUCA